GGAUUUAGUAAUAUCUAGUCUGGAUGCCCCAGGGCCUUUGGAAAGCUCACAUAAAGCAGGAGGCAGGUAGGCACAAACCAUAGUGCUUGGAAGCCUCUUGUCUGGAAGAGCUGAAUCUGAAAUCUGGUGAAGAUGAGCAUGCUCCAGCUCUAUGAGGAGUGUGAGCUGCAAGAUGCACUAAGAAGAGCAGGUAGAAGACUUGUAGUUGUUGCUUUCACAUCAGGAAAAUGCGGACCCUGCAGAUUAACAACGCCGUUCCUUGAAUCUCUGUGUCCAAAGAUGCCUGAUAUUAUUUUCAUCAAAAUUGAUGUCUCUGAUUCUGAGGAUUUUGUCGAGCGUUUUCAGAUCACUGGAAUACCAGCCUUCUAUUUCUUUAGGAACGGCAAUGUGGUAUAUCACUUUCAAGGUGCCAAUACGACAUUUCUCGGGAAUAAAAUUGAGGAACUCAGAUUCCAGAUAUAGGUCAUGACGAAGUACUGAUUUAAUUAGCUUUAUGAAGAAAUGUUGCUAUAAUACAAAUGUAGCAUGAGUAUGUUUUUGCAACACCGCUGGACGAUCAAUUUCCAAACCUUGUUCUAAAUUAAUGAAAUAGUGCAGGAGCAUGAAACUAUAUGUGUUAUAAAAAAACUAUUUUCCACCCAAUAAAUGACGCAUAUUUUAAUUAAA